AUGAAAGGUCCUACAAUUAUCUGUGAUGGACAGUUUGCUUCUUUGCUUCUCGCCAAAUUCGACACAAAUAGGCAGGCUUGCACUACAACAAUCCAAAAAGAAUUGGCUAAUCGAAAUACUUUAUUCUACAACGCUGUUUAUGCAAAUCAUACGUCAAAUCUAGAAAUACAACAAAAAGUACACAAAUACAAUGUCUUACUUCGAAAGUACCUCGUUUUUGCAUCAAAAAGUGCUCGAUCUCCAAAAAAUCUCCAAGAAACAUUAAGAUUGCUAGAUUUCGUAAGUGGAAAAAUACUUUAUGAUAAUCAAAUGGCAAAACAAACUAAGGAAGAAUUAAGUAGAUUGGUAAAUCAAUUGAAUCCAAAAUGA